UAAAGCUUCUUAUUAUGCAUGGUGGAAGUUCUAGUACCAAUAAUUUUCCAUGAAUUGUUGUCGUGUAGGGUCGAUUGAAAUGUAAAGUUGACUUCUCUACGACUAUGAAGCGAAACUUGGAACCUUUAUAUUUCAGCUCCAUACAUCUAAAUCAUAUGUUCUUUUUCAUUUGUAACCGGAAAUCUAGUCAAAUAUUAUUGGAUGCAGUGAGAGAUGGAGAGGAAUGGUGAUCGUUUUUCACUCUUUGAGACAAAGACAGUAAGGACAGCAAUGAGAAGUUUUCUGUUCAAAUUGUAUGUAUCCUCCAUCGCCCUCUGUAUAUGCUUGACGUGGGUGUUCAGAUUGCUUCACUUCCCGUCGAAAGACCUCCUCCUCCACAGAUGGGUUUGGAUCGGAUCUCUUCUUGCAGAUCUCUGGUUCACCUUCUACUGGUUCAUCACCCAAAUCAUCAGAUGGAACCCCAUCUAUCGUUACACUUUCAAAGACAGACUCUCUCAAAGGUAUGAGGAAGACAUGCCUAGGGUAGACAUAUUUGUGUGCACUGCAGACCCUGAGAACGAGCCUCCGGUUAUGGUGAUCAACACAGUCUUAUCAGUUAUGGCUUAUAAUUACCCACCAGAGAAGCUUAGUGUCUACUUAUCAGAUGAUGGUGGAGCAGAACUCACAUUCUAUGCUCUAUUAGAGGCUUCAAGGUUCUCAAACCUUUGGCUGCCAUUCUGUAAAAGGUACAAGGUCGAACCCAGAUCGCCAGAGGCUUACUUCCGUAUGGCUUCUCAACCUAUCGAUGAUGAUCAACUCAAGGCCAAAGAUUGGCUUUUUAUCAAGGAAUCAUAUGAAGAGAUGAAGAAGAAGAUUGAAAGCGCCAAAUUGCAAGGCAAAAUCUCAGAAAAUAUAAGAAAACAGCACAAAGGAUUUCGUCAGUGGGACGUGGUCUCCAGCCCACGAGAUCAUCAAACCAUUUUUCAGAUACUAAUACAUGGGAGAGACCCUCAAGCAGUUGAUACUGAAGGGCAACCUCUGCCCACUCUGGUGUACUUAGCUCGUGAAAAGAGACCCCAACAUCCCCACAAUUUCAAAGCAGGGGCCAUGAAUGCACUGAUAAGGGUGUCGUCAAGGAUCAGCAAUGCUCCGAUUAUCCUAAAUGUGGAUUGCGACAUGUAUUCAAACAACUCAGAAUCCGUACGAGAUGCCCUAUGCUUUUUCUUGGAUGAAAAGGAGGGUCACAGGAUUGCUUAUGUUCAGUAUCCACAGAGCUUCGACAACGUCACGAAGAAUGACUUGUAUGCUGGUUCUCUGAAUGUAAUAAUGGAGGUGGAGCUUCAUGGAUUUGAUGCAAAUGGAGGGAUCUGCUACAUUGGUACCGGGUGCUUCCACAGAAGGGAAGCUCUUCUUGGGAAGAAGUAUAACAACAAGGAUUCUAAGGCAGAAUGGGAAAGGACGAACGAGAGAAAGACUGAUGAAAAUGCCGAAUUACUGAAAGCAACAUGCAAAAUUCUUGCGAGUUGUACUUAUGAAGAGAAGACUCAAUGGGGCAAAGAGAUGGGAAUAAAGUAUGGCUGUUCGGGAGAGGAUAUUAUGACGGGAUUAGCUAUACAAUGUCAAGGGUGGGGGUCCGUCUACUAUAAUCCAGAAAGGAAGGGCUUCUUGGGAGUUGCUCCUACAACACUAUUGCAGUCGUUGGUGCAGCAUAAGAGAUGGUCUGAAGGCGAUUUUCAGAUCUUCCUUUCACGGUAUUGUCCAUUCUUACAUGGUCAUAAGAAGAUACCCCUUAGACUUCAACUUUCCUACUGCCUCAUCGUGCUGUGGGCUGUUAACUGUUUGGCUACACUUUACUACGUUGUUGUCCCGUCCCUCUGCCUGCUCAGAGGCAUCUACUUGUUCCCAAAGCUAUCAAGCCUAUGGGUACUACCAUUUGCAUAUAUCUUCUUUGCUAGCAGAGCAUAUAGCCUAGGAGAAUUUAUAUGUUGCGGAGGCACUUUCCUGGGUUGGUGGAACGAUCAAAGAAUGUGGGUGUUCAAAAGAACUACUUCCUACUUCUUUGGGUUGCUCGACAAUGUAUUGAAGCUAAUGGGGAUUUCAAACUCAGCCUUUGUUGUCACUGCAAAGGUGGCUGCUGAUGAGGAAGUGUCUCGCAGAUAUGAGCAAGAGAUGAUGGAGUUUGGCUCUCAUUCUCCAAUGUUUAACAUUUUAGCAACACUAUCAUUGCUCAACAUGUUCAGUUUAGUCUGGGGAAUAAGGAUGGUGAUUCGGGAUUUCCAAUCCAAGAUUUUAGACUUGUUUGCCUUGCAGAUUCUACUCUGUGGACUACUGGUUUCUAUCAGCCUACCCAUGUAUAAAGGGCUCUUCUUUCGAAAGGAUAGUGGAAGGAUGCCAAGUUCAGUAACAUACCAGUCCAUUGCGUUUGCUCUGUUGGCUUGUUCAAUGGCCAUGUAUUAAACUACAAGUAUCCAUCUGCUAAGCAACAAUAAGUGUACAUAGCAACAAUAAAUGAAACCUAGCUCUUGCACCAAAUUAUUUUCUCAGUAUGUAUCUAGAAUCUACAUAAAUGAAGUACCUGUAAAUAGACUCAGAGAUAUCUUCCUCCACCGUUUCCCACUCUUCAUCGUUUAUUUCCUUGAAAAUUUUAACUGCAAAAUAACCAUAAGCAUUGAUGGGAUUUCAUGAGUUUCUACUCUUUUUUUCUUUUUUC